GGUGUGACAGUUUAUGGAAAAUGGCUAGCUGGGGAAGGGCUGCUGGAGUUUUGAGAAACUUUUUGAGGAGACCUUGGUCGUACAGAGCGCUGCAUCGUGCCUUGGGACCUGGCAUUUUGGGGUCUCUCAUUGGAAGCGGACUGAUAUAUUAUCACUAUGAACCGAGCAAGAGGUUUUUUCCCUUCACCGUUCAUGCCGAGGAGGAAAAGUUGCUUCCAGUGUUCCAGCUGUCUGCCAGACGGAUGUGCUUCAACCAGUUUGCUUCCAUGACGUACAAUAAGGAACUCUACAUGACACCAAGGGAUUUCCUCUUCUCAAUCAUGUUGGAGAAUGUCGACCGUAAAUUACCAAAGAAAGCUCUAACCAAAAAGGAGGUGGAUAAGAUGCUGGAUGCUGCCUCACGGGUCCAGGCAGGUAACAGUCUGUUCAGAAACUUCGGAGACGAUGGUCUGAUAUCCUACACAGAGUACCUGUUCCUGUUGACUAUUCUGACCAAGCCACACACAGGAUUUCAUAUAGCUUUCAAAAUGCUUGAUAUUGAUGGCAAUGAGCAUGUGGACAGAAAGGAGUUUCUCAAGCUCAAGAAAAUCAUUGGGAAAAGAAAAGAGACGGUGCCUAAGGAAGGUGCCACAGACGUGAAACCAGUCGCAGAGGGGGAUGAUGUGAACACUACACUGCAGGCCUUCUUCUUUGGCAGGAAUGGUGAAAACAAGCUUCAGUACAAGGGAUUUUGCAGGUUCAUGGAGGACCUUCAGGCGGAGGUGCAGGAGAUGGAGUUCCUGCAGUUCUCCAAGGGUAUGGACACCAUGCGGCGGGAGGACUUUGCCGAGUGGCUGCUGCACUACACCAACGAGGAAGCCAACGAGGCCUACUGGGAGAACAUGAGGAAGAGGAUCCCCGCGGGCCAGAGCAUCACAUUUGAUGAGUUCAAAGCAUUCUGCCUCUUCACCAACAACCUGGAGGACUUUGCCUUCUCCGUGAAAAUGAUAAGUGAAGCCAACCGACCUAUCGGAAUGGUCCAAUUUAGGCGAGCUGUGAAGAUUGCCACAGGGCACGACCUCUCUGAGAACGUGCUGGACACUGUGUUCAAGAUCUUUGACCUGGACGGCGAUAACUGUCUGAGCCACAAGGAGUUUAUCGGAGUGAUGGAAGACAGAGUACUGCGCGGCUUGAAGGUGCAACCCCAGCGUGGCAUCACAAAUUACUGGAAGUGUGUGAAGAGGGAGACCCUAAAGGGGGCCCAAGAGGCCCUCCGGGACACCGGAAGCCCUUUUUGAGGGGCUAGGCCAUUGGAUGGAGAAGCGCCUUACGAGUGUUCACUGGGUGACUCCAAUGUAAAGCAUUGAUGGCUGACCACUAGUUGACCAUUAUCACUGGAUAUUUGUCAAUGGAAUAUAAACAUGGUCCUAAUGAACUAAAUCAAUGUUUUUCAGGCUUUUUGUUUGUGAAAAUAUUAUUGCCAUAUACAGUACAAUCUAUGGGUGAGGUUUAUUCUAAUAGAAAUUGGUUGUUGUGAUGCUUGAUACCAGUCUAUGCAUACAAGGCAUAUAAAUGUGAGAUCUUUUUACAUUUUAUUGAAUGUGUCAUGGCACUUUUUACCCUGUUUCCCUCAAAUGCAAGUGAUUUGUUUACAGGUAGACAUGGUUUACUGUGGUAUCAUCUGAAAGUUCUAAACUUCUGAGUCAUAUAGGUGGCAAGAGUCAUGUUUGAAAUAUGUUUGUCUUCAACACAUUGCUAAGUACAGUUGUGUUGUAAUAUAUUGGCACCCUUGCACGAUUCACUUUAAUUUCUUCAAUAAGUUGACAUUUAAGCUUUUUGUUCACCCAUGUAUUUAAGAACUGCGCAGGAUCCCCAAAAAAUUCUGAAAUGAAGAUUUUUCACUACAAAGUCAAAAUGGUCUGGACAAAAGUAUUCAGAAUUCCAAUUAAUUUGGUUGAAGGCAGGAGAUUCUUGUUUACGGUGUAAUUUUUCGCCUUUGCUUACAGGGUACAAAGCCAUUCAAUAAGUUUUGAAAACAGAACAUUCUGCUCCAUUGCACUCCAUUGUAAAGUGCAAGGGUGCCAAUCUAUUAGAUCAUAGCUGUGUACUUUUUUUUUUUUUUUUUUAUAAAUUGAGAAAUGCUGCAUUGCUCCUGGAAUGUGCAUUUGGGAAAGA